AUACAGGCUCAAAACCAAGCAACGCCGCGCCGACGCAAGACUACCAGAGAUGAAGACCGGCCUCGUGACACUACAGCUACUCACCAUCACCAUGUUUCUCGUGCUAUCGUCGCAUGCAGAUAGCACGGUGGCCAGGACUGGGCCAGACUACUUCCAGGACACCUGCUCGGCGAGGAUAUCUUCGGGGGCACGGUGCCAGCCUAGCAAGUGCGCCGCGGACUGCACCAGGCAAUUCAGGGGCGGCGUGGGCAGCUGUGACCGCUCGGGGUGUAUGUGCGUCUACACCUGCCCUGCGGUCUCGCCACUGGCAAUGAACGAAUCAAUCGCGUGACCCUGACUAUCUCGAUGCACAAGUAGUGACGGACGGGCUAGUAGCCGACCUGUGACGGCUUUGCGUCUGAUGAAUUCAUGAAAUGGAUCUGAGUAUAACCUGCUCGUUUUUUUUGGUCUUUGACUCUUUGUCAUGCUGUAGCAAGGUGAAAAUAAAAAGCAAUAUAUAAUAAAGGAUUCAUCAGGUGUUAGGUCA